CCAUUAACAAGGACCAAAAAUGGAGAUCAACAAGACCAACAAAGUCGAUCCGUCGGCCCUUUACGAUGCAGCAAUGAGAGGCGACACCGAAACCCUUCAGGACAUGCUCCGGAGGGACAAUUUGAUCCUGAAGAAACUCCCGCUCUCUUCCUUCACGGAAACCCCUCUCCACAUCUCCGUCCUCGCCGGCCACCUCGACUUCACUAGAGCGCUUCUCCGCCACGACCCUGGAAUGGCCAUGGAGGUCGACGCGUCCAACUGCACCCCGCUUCACCUGGCUUCCGCCGCCGGCCACUGCGAGAUCGUCGGGGCCUUGCUGGGCGGUGUGGGCUCGGAUGCCUGCCUGGUCCGCGACGUGGACGGCAGGAUUCCUCUCCACUUGGCGACGAUGAGAGGCAGGAGCGACGUCGUCAGAGAGCUUGUCGGUGCGAGGCCGGAGUCUGUGCUUGUGAAGCUGGACGAUGGAGAGACUGUUCUGCACCUGUGCGUGAAGUGCGGCCAUCUGGAGGCCCUGAAGGUGUUGGUUGAGAUGAUGGUGAGUAGCGGCGGGAAGAAGGAUGUGAUUGAAUCCAUCUUCAGGUCGGGAGAUGGAGAUGGGAACACCAUUUUGCAUUCAGCUGCCAUGUUCAAGCAAGUUCAGACCACAAGUUACCUGGUUUCACUACCUAGCAUGGGAGCAGCAGUGAAUUCCUUGAACGGGUUUGGCUCGACAGCCUUGGACUGCCUGGAGCUAUGUCCCAAGGACUUCAAGAGCCUACGAAUCCGAGACCUUCUGGUCGAAGCAGGAGGUAAACGAGCCAAGGAGAUCAUGACUAGCAGCACCGAUCAUCAUCAUCUUCCACCACCACCACCACCAAAAAUUCCUUCGUUACCAAUAUCUUCCUCAUCACCAUUAGCAACCAACAUGGGCAGACCAGCAACGAAGUCGAUGGGCCAACGGUUCAAGAACUUCCUCGACUACGACCCCAAGUGGAUCGACGACAUGAAAGGAUCGCUCCUCGUCGUGGCCGGCCUCAUGGCGCAGAUGAGCUUCCAGGCCGCAACCAACCCGCCAGGCGGCGUGUGGCAAGAAAACGUGGUGAGCCCCGACGGCGGCUUCGGCUGCCAGAACACGACCAGCGGCCUGUGCAGGGCCGGGACUUCGGUCCACGCUUACAGAGACCCGGAAGUGCUCUACGUUUUCAUGGGGCUCAACACGAUGGCGUUUGGCGCGUCUCUGUGCGUCAUGCUUCUCAUCAUCGGCGGGUUCCCUCUGAGGAAAAGGUUCUUCAUCUGGAUGAUGGCGCAAGCCAUGUGCGCCGCCCUCGGCUGCAUGACGGCUGCUUUCGCGGUUGGUGCGUUGUUGGUGACCCCGACGAAGAACGAUGCGCGAGUUCGAGUCGCGGUGGUGGUGGCGUUUCUUCUGGGAGCCUGGUUGCUGUCGUCUCUGGUGAUUAGUCUGCUCGACACGCUUCGGUUUUGCAUCUGGAUUUCGAAGAAGAAGAAGAAGAAGACCGGAGCAAGAGCAUCGACCUGUUCUGUUGUCUAGAGGGUAAGUUAUCUUGAUUUGGGCGAGCAAGGGUUUGGGUUAGUGACUAGGUAAGAUGCACGAGUUCGAGUCUUGAUGGUGGUGUACGUUGUUUCUUCUGAGAGUCUGCAGGUUGUUGUUUGUUUCUAGUGAUUAGUCUGCUCGUCGUUACAUUAUUAUUUCGAUUUUUCAUGUGGAUUUCGAUUAAUUCGUGGAAGGUCUUAGCAAAGAGCAUUGACCAUUUGACCUGUUGUUUAAGGGAUCAGGACCAAAGUUAUGUUGUCUAAAGCGUGUUAUUCGACACCACAUGUAUAAUUUUUGUAUAAUGUUGUUUUGUUGAGUUCAUGUAUAAACUUAAGUUAGAAAAUAGAG